AUGAGUUGGACGAAGCCCACUUUCCAAACUUUCGAUAUGCGUGUCAUUACCAUGAGAUCUUUGUUCCUAUCUUUUUGGUUUUUGGGCAAAUCGAAGGAAUUUUCUGUCCCAAGAUUUAGGGGUCUAUUGGAAGAGCUGGGUCUGUUUGUGAACGUUAUAGGUAUAGUUCCGGGGGGCGUCCCAAUUGACUGCUUUAUUGUACCGGCAAGCCCUGCCUAUCAAUGCAAUAGCUUCAGAGCAAGCUAUGUGGUUCUACGCCAAAUGGCUCCUAAAGCGAAGCAGCUACUAGCUUUAAAGGCCGCUCGCUAUGUGUGA